GCCGCCGCCGCCCUCCCGCCGCUGUCUCCUCCCCGCGCGGACGAGCCCCGGGCAGCGCGGCGCCGCGGUCCCGGCGGGGCGGGGGCCGGGCGGGCCGUCGGGGGAGGCCCUGGGCUGGGGGCCCCUCCGGGGCCGCGGCGGCGUUGGGGCGCUGCGUUACAGCCCUGGGCUCCUCGGCGCUGUGAUUGAGGCUGGAAAACGAGGGAACGCGGGCGGUGCGCGUUAUCCCUCCCCCCGAGCAGCGGCGGCCUCCGGCAGACCUGGGCCGCGGCAGGGCGCCGCGCAGGCCCGGCUGUUAGCGGGCACCGAGAGCUACAGCCUCGCCGGGGAGUUACACCUGGAUGGGCCAGAGACCGCUGAAAUCCUCCGUUAAAUCCCAGCACCCCAGGCUGGAGGGGCUCCUGCCUGCCGGUGGGGUGGGAGGCCAGGAGGGCAGUUUUCAGCCAACCGUGAAUUGCCAGGCCGCGGUGCGGUGCGGUGCGGGGAAGCCAGCAGCAAACGCGUCGUGUGGCGUAACCCGGGCGCCCGGGCAGCAGCGCCCCAGCCUCGCCGUCCCCGCCUGCCUGUUCCCACACGCUCUCCGUUUUUAAAAAUGUGCUGAGUUUUUGGCAAGAUCCGUGCUGGUACUGGGAUUAGGAGGGGCUACGCUGAGGCAGAGCAAGUGGCCGGGCUGGGGGCGGAGGGGACCGCUCCUUUCGGUCGUGCUCCGUUGGGUGUGUGGCACUGCGCCUUGGCCUCGCCGUUUCGUACAGUCACUGUGAUGGUUUUACCUGCAAGCUUGAAACUUUGGUGAAGACCAGGACUUUCCGCUAUAAAGGAUUUUUAAUGCUGCAAAUUGCAGUCACAAGUCAGUAAAAUAUUCAUGUUCCUCAUGACUGCUGUUAAUCAGCCUUUUUGAGUGGUGCCACCCGUGGGAGUAUUGCAAAACUGAAUAUUAAUGGUUCCAUGAUUAUUUUUAAAGGCAACAAAAUAAAUAGCAUGUUUAAUUUGGAGCAUGCCAGUUUUGUAAUGCAAAGAGAGCUUUUAUAAAUUAUGGGACUUUUAACCAGCUGCCGGAAUUCUGUGUCUUUGAGGUGCUGAUUUCAGUGAGCUCUUCAGGUAUAAGGAGCUGUGUAGCUAGAGGAAAUAAAAAAUGAGAACCUAUUUUAACCCUAAAAGCACAGCACAGGAUACCAAAAAGCAAAGAAUGGUGAGGGAGAAAUUUGCUUAAACAGCUAAAAUGUUUAUAUCUGACAUUAAUAAAGGGCAUAAUAGCAUUCCUAGAAUAUUUAUAAAAGGGAAUUUCAAAUUUUGGUUUUUUAUCUAUUUUUAAAGGGAGCAUAGGGAAAAACUAACUGGUAGAAUUCUAGUGUGACGUGAUCCAGUGAUAAUGGCGUUAUAAAGUUUAAUGGCUUCACAGCGUUUAGAACCGUACCAGACACUUUACAUUUCUGGCAUGUUUUCAAAACAUGCGGUAGCUGCAGUUCGAAAGAUAGUUUUGUACAUCUUGGUAAUUUGUUUUCCUACCAUGCAUAAUUAUUUAUUCUGCUAAAAAUUCAUAUAUAAGCUUUUUCUAUAUAAAAUAUCUGUUUUAAAUGCUUCCCAAGCAGCACAAGUAACUUAUUUAUCUUCAAAGGGCAUGCAUAUAAAAAUGUCUAAGUUGUACACAGAGGAACGAUAGUUACCAUAAGUGUUGCUUAAUUGAGCUUGUCUUCACGCCAGCGUCAGCCUGAAUUAGCAGGAAAAUACAUGUGUUGCAAACCAGCGCCAGGGCGCUGGGAGAAUUCCCACGUGAACUAGCUGCGCGGUGCUAGUUCCCGAGCUGGCAGUGCCGCGCCUUUACCCCGCGCGCUUGCCGGGCAAGGCAUCUGGUGUUUAAAAUGCAGCUGAAGUUAUGGCAGAAGCUUUCACGUGUGGCCAGGAAAGGACAACUCUCAACUUUUAUCUUGACCUACCACCGAACACAAGGAAAACAAUGCCGUUAUGUCAGGGAUAUCAGCCAGAGUGAAGAACGGCAUCUGAAGAUGCUGGUAAAGAGUUCACGUUGGACUGGGGGGCUGCCUGGGUUAGGCAGAGGACCUGGCGUGAGGCCUUUCUGGAGGGUCAGGGUAAGGAGGCUGCUCUAGAUGCUGUGUCUGGUAGUGACGGCUCAGAUUUGUGCAGGAUUUUGAGGGAAGACUCUGAACGUAGCGACAGGCACGGGUGGGAGGCCAGAGCCCAGGAACAGAGCGGGUGAGGGUACGAGCAUGCCACCUGCUGUCGUGGGAUCCUUCCGGAGUUUGGUUCGGCGUCAUGAAGGAGUGCUGGAGAGAUUUGGAUUCAAGAGUUUGAAUCCUUAGUAUUUUUUUUUUUUUGUCCACUUCUUGCUGUGAAGAUUUGCACUUACCUGGCCUUUAUUGUUACGGGAGCUCCCUUGCCGUGUUUAGUUUAGCUCAGACAAUGUUCUGGGAGAAACCGUUGGACGUUCUCAGAGGUAAAAUGAAGCUGCACAAUAGCGUGUUGGUUCUGGAACCCAAUCUCCCUGACCGCGGCCCCACGCAGCGCUGCGCUGAAAGGGGCUGUUUGCCGUCAGCACGGGGAGAGGGAGGCGGAAAUGCCCGUCUCCUAGCACUGGCAAUGCUGUCACUCCGGCAACAAAGCUGAGGACUGAACGGCGGCGUCAGAGCAGCUCCCGGAGCCGGAACAGGCGGAGGGACUGGUAGCGAGGGUGUCCGCAGUGCAUGUAACUACAAGGACGCUCAUUUUGAGGGGGAGGACCAAAAGCUUUUAAGCAAGCAGCAAACAGUCUGAUGAAGGAUAAGGCACAAUGAAGCCAGCAGAGACCCCGCGGCUCCUGAGGUUGCAAAAUAAUUCUGUAUACAACAUGAGUCAUUCAAAACGCAUACCGGAAUUACCACCCCUCCCCGCUUCUGCUGUGCCUUCAGAAUUGUAUCAGCUUGUCGUUAAGAACAGCUGUUAUCCUCCUUUGAUGCAGCGAGUGUCAUGGACUUUGGCAGUUCCAUUCAAAGAACAACGUUACUACCGGAGCCCAAGUGACUCCAUAGCCAAUAACUAUACUCUCACUGCGCAGGAUUUGAAGCUGAAAAAUGUGCACAAAGUAGAGUCCUCCUCACUGGCAAGCACGUCACUGGAUUCAGCAAAGCAGAGAACAGCCUCACCGUCUUCAAAGGAAUUUGCCCCUUCUGUGAAAAGGCUCAAACUUACACAAAGAAGUCAGUGUGAUUCUGAUAGAAGUACACCAACUUUGUUAAACAGUUCAGAGCCAUUUUCACUAUAUGUCCCUGGUCAUAUGCCAGAAUUAAGUGUCAUACAUUAUACAGACAACCAGGCAUUAACUCCAGAAGAACAAUUGGUUGUCAUGCGCUUACAUGAGGAAGAGAUACACAAGCGAGAAAAGCCACCUUCAGAAAAUGAUAUAGAGAGAUACUGCUACUACAUAUAUAAUGGAGUGCAAGAAGACAUGCUUGCACCUCAGGACAAGGAAGUGAUGAAUGUAAUUUUAAAGCGUAUUCCAGCUCAUAUUCUUACUAACCCAGACUUGGAGAAUUUACUUGAAAGUUUAAAAGAAGAGAUUAAGGCAGACUAUCGUAUCAGUCUCAUGAAAGCCAUUGUUGAUUACAUCUUGAUGGAUCCAGCUGAGAGAGAGAGACUGUUUAUUGGAAAUACCCCACGCCCUUUUCCCCAGAGAGUGGUCCGUGCCCCCGUCCCAUGGCACAGCUCUUACGAAGAUGUGAAAAGCUGGAAUGAAACCAAUCUAUUCAUAGUGAAUCCAUUGAUGCACACUUUGCAACAGCUCUGGCUUUCUGAGUAUAGUCAUCUAAGGUUUGUUCGCACAAAAGAAGUGCUUUGUGGUGACCUGCCACUGUUGCCUGCUGAGUUUAAGGAUCUCAUUCGAAGACACUGUGUGGAAGCUCAUGAUAUUCUUCAGAACAAGUGGAUCCCAACUUGCGUAUCCUUUUUCUUCAAUCAGAGAAGGAAAUGGCUUCAUUUUGCUCCUGAACGUUACUGUGACUCUUCUCAGCGAAUUGAAAGCUAUUUUAGUUCAGUAGCAAAUCUCAUGUCAUUACAAUUACGUGACAUGGUUAUUAAGUCUUUAGAAGAUCUUCUUGCAUUUUUUAUGAUCCACAAGGACGGGAAUGAUUUUACAGAACCGUAUCAAGAAAAGCAGUUCUUUGUACCUCAGAUACUAAUAGUCAAACUCAGUAUGGAAGAACCCAAGAUUGUCUUUGAGCCGCCUUUGAAAGAAUGUUGGGAUUUAAUCAGCCAUUGCUUCAUGGAGAUCCUACAAAGCGCUGAGGACCUUCCAAAGGUAGAAAGAUUUCUAUUUCCAGAAUUAAAUAGAGAUGAUCUCACUCUCAGUACAGUCAAACCAGAUGAAUCGUUGUUUUCAGAGUUUGUGAACAAACUUGAAAAGAUCUUUGAGAGCAACAUACUUGGCCCACAGAAGUAUUUAAACGUGUACAGGAAAUACAGCGAUCUUUUGAACAACAACGCAGAGCAAGACAUUACUGAUUUUUUGAAAGAGGGUCAUUCUUUAGAAGCUUUUAGUAAGAAGAUUGACAGUUUAACAAAACUGAAAAGGGAGAUCGCUUCUAUGCAUGUCACUGUCCCUUUGGCCAUGUUCUGUCUGGAUGCAGUACAACUGAAUGAGGAACUCUGCAACAGGACACAAAACCUUAAAGAGAGAUUGAUUGAAUUUGAAGUGAUGGAAAACAGAACAUUAAAUAACAGCAUUUGCAAUGAAUAUAACAUAAUUGCAGAGAGAGCGAGUGAGGUGCCUUCGAACACUGAAGAGUUAGUGGAACUUACUGCAUACUUAAAGAAGUCCAGCGAAGUUACUGUUUUUAAACUGAGACAGCAGAUCUCUGAAGCAACAUACAGACUGGAAUUCCUCAUGGACUAUGCUGAUCUUGCUUUGGAUGACAUAAAGCUGAAUAGCACUGUUUUCCAUUGGCCUGAUCAGAUCGAGGUAAUCUUUGAAAACAGUAGAGCCCAGCUGUAUAACAGGAGGAAUCGUGCAGAGAUGGCUUUGCUUAAAAGGUGCUCUCAAUUUGAGGAAACUCUUGAGAGUUAUAAAAGAGAAGUAGAAAGCUACAAAAAGCGAGAUGUUAUGACCAUGGAAGAAAUGAAGAACAAUGCUGAGAAAUUUAAAGAGUUAAAUAAGAAUCUGGAUAAUGCAGUAACAGAAUUGGAGGCUAUUAAUAAAGAAGAGGAAUUACUUGAACAGGAGAAGAGUCAAUUUCCUCUACUGCAAACUAUAAUUACAAACAAACAACCCUUUGAGCAACUUUGGAUAACCGCAUAUAAUUUCCAUACCAAAUCUGAGGAAUGGAUGAAUGGAUCUCUCCAGGAAUUGAAUGCUGAUGAAAUCACAGAAGAAAUUGGGAAUAUGUGGAGGACUAUGUACAAGCUCACUAAGAGUUUUCCAGAUUUGCCUGGGCCUAGACGCUUAGCAGAAAAUAUGAAAUAUAAACUUGAUAAAUUUAAACAGCAUCUUCCUGUCUUGUCAAUUGUCUGCAAUCGUGGAAUGAAGGAGAGACACUGGAAGCAGAUCAGUGAAAUUGUAGGAUAUGAAAUCACACCUGAUGAAACUACUAGCCUUCUAAAUGUAUUGGAAUUUGGGCUAUCAAAACAUAUUGAUGAACUGGAACCUAUUGGAGCAGCUGCUAGUAAGGAGUAUUCCUUAGAGAAAUCAAUGGAGAAAAUGAAAUUAGAAUGGGUCAACCUUCACUUCAGUCUGGUGAAGUACAGGGAUACUGAUACCAGCAUCCUGUCAGCAAUUGAUGACAUCCAGCUUUUGCUGGAUGAUCACAUUGUUAGGACUCAGACAAUGUGUGGCUCUCCCUUCAUCAAACCGAUAGAAGCUGAAUGCCGGGCUUGGGAAGAAAAGCUUGUUUUAAUGCAAGAUAUUCUAGAUAGCUGGUUAAAAUGCCAGGCAACAUGGUUGUAUUUGGAACCAAUUUUUAGUUCAGAAGACAUUAUAGCUCAAAUGCCUGAAGAAGGUAGAAAGUUUGGGAUUGUGGAUACCUACUGGAAAGACAUCAUGUCACGAGUGGCUAAAGACACAAAGGUACUUGUUGCAACUGAACAACCCAUGAUGUUGGACAGACUUCAGGAAGCAAAUACUUUCUUAGAAGAAAUUCAAAAGGGAUUGAAUGCUUACCUGGAGAAGAAAAGAUUAUUUUUCCCGAGAUUCUUUUUCCUGUCUAAUGAUGAGCUGCUUGAAAUACUGUCUGAAACAAAGGAUCCCCUUCGAGUGCAGCCACAUUUAAAGAAGUGUUUUGAAGGAAUUGCUAAACUGGAGUUCACAGAAGUUCUGGAGAUCAUAGGCAUGAUCAGUUCAGAGAAAGAAGUCGUUCCUUUCAUAGAUAAAAUCUAUCCAGUGAAAGCAAAAGGCAUGGUAGAAAAGUGGCUUUUGCAAGUAGAGGAAAUGAUGCUCGCUAGCGUAAGAAAGGUUCUUCAAGAUGGCAUAAGAGGAUAUGUUAAGGUUCCUCGAAAAACGUGGGUGCUUCAGUGGCCUGGACAGGUGGUUAUUUGUGUUUCAUCCAUUUACUGGACAAAAGAAGUGUCUGAAGCUAUAAGCAAGGGAACUUUACUAGAUUUCCUGGAGAAAAGCAAUCUACAAAUUGGAGACAUCGUUGAGUUAGUGAGAGGAAAGCUGUCCAGUGGAGCUCGGCUGACUCUUGGAGCUCUUACUGUCAUUGAUGUACACGCUCGUGAUGUGGUUGCAAAAUUGGCUGAAGACCAAGUCACAGAUCUUAAUGACUUCCAGUGGAUUUCUCAGCUGAGAUAUUACUGGGAAGAUAGGGAUGUAAUGGUGCGAAUGAUUACAACAGAAGCCAAAUAUGGAUAUGAGUAUCUGGGCAAUUCUCUACGCCUGGUUAUAACCCCACUGACAGAUCGAUGUUAUAGGACAUUAAUGGGUGCCUUGAAACUAAAUCUUGGUGGUGCUCCAGAAGGACCUGCUGGGACUGGCAAAACAGAAACAACAAAAGAUCUAGCAAAAGCGCUAGCUAAGCAGUGCGUGGUCUUUAAUUGCUCAGAUGGUCUUGAUUACAAGGCAAUGGGCAAGUUCUUCAAGGGGCUGGCACAGUCUGGUGCAUGGUCCUGCUUUGAUGAGUUCAACAGAAUUGAGGUUGAAGUAUUAUCUGUAGUUGCACAACAAAUACUUAGUAUUCAGCAAGCUAUUAUUCGCAAACUCAAAACGUUCAUCUUUGAAGGCACAGAGAUCUCUCUUAAUCCAACCUGCGCUGUGUUUAUCACUAUGAAUCCUGGGUAUGCUGGACGGGCAGAGCUGCCUGAUAAUCUGAAGGCACUGUUCCGAACAGUUGCUAUGAUGGUUCCAGAUUAUGCUUUGAUUGGAGAAAUUUCACUUUAUUCAAUGGGAUUUUUGGAUUCUCGGAGUCUUGCCCAGAAAAUUGUUGCCACUUACCGCUUGUGCUCGGAGCAGCUGUCAUCUCAGCAUCACUAUGAUUAUGGAAUGCGUGCUGUCAAAUCUGUCCUGACGGCAGCAGGAAACUUGAAACUGAAGUACCCAGUUGAAAAUGAAAGUGUGUUGUUACUUCGGGCUUUGCUGGAUGUUAACUUGGCCAAAUUCUUGGCACAGGAUGUGCCAUUGUUUCAGGGUAUUAUAUCUGACCUGUUCCCUGGAGUGGUUCUUCCUACACCAGACUAUGACCUGUUUGUCCAGGCGUUAAAUAAAAAUAUAAAAAAGAUGGAUCUUCAACCAGUUCCAUGGUUCAUUGGAAAAAUUAUUCAGAUAUAUGAAAUGAUGUUGGUGCGCCAUGGUUUCAUGAUUGUUGGAGAACCUUUGGGUGGGAAGACCUGUGCAUAUAAAGUGCUAGCUGGAGCCCUUGGUGAUUUGUGUGCAGCAAAAUCCAUGGAUGAAUUUGCUGUUGAAUAUAAAAUUAUUAAUCCCAAAGCAAUUUCUAUGGGACAGUUGUAUGGCAGUUUUGAUCCUGUAAGCCAUGAGUGGACAGAUGGAGUUCUUGCAAAUGCCUUCAGGGAACAAGCAUCUUCUGCCACAGAUGAUCGGAAGUGGAUUAUAUUUGAUGGCCCAGUGGAUGCAGUUUGGAUAGAGAACAUGAACACUGUACUGGAUGAUAAUAAAAAGCUGUGCUUAAUGAGUGGUGAAAUAAUUCAGAUGAAUUCAAAAAUGAGUUUAAUCUUUGAGCCAGCAGACUUAGAGGAGGCAUCUCCAGCAACUGUCAGCAGGUGUGGUAUGAUCUAUAUGGACCCACAGCAGUUAGGUUGGAAGCCACUGAAGGAUUCCUACAUGGAUACACUGCCAACAAACCUGCAGAAGGAACACCGAGAGCUGGUCAAUGACAUGUUUAUGUGGCUAAUCCAGCCCUGUUUAGACUUUAUUCACCUUCAUUGCAAAGUCAUAGUCCAAACAUCCUCUAUUCAUCUGACUUACAGCAUGAUGAAACUCUAUACUUGUCUUUUUGAUGAAAUAAAGAAAUCCAAUGAAGAGGAGGAGGAAAGCAUGUCUAGUCAGCAGAUCUUCUUGUGGCUGCAGGGACUUUUCCUUUUUGCUUUGGUUUGGACAGUUGCUGGGACCAUUGAUGCAGACAGCAGAAAAAAAUUUGAUUUAUUUUACCGCAACUUGCUAAUGGGAAUGGAUGAUGGAAACCCACGCCCCAAAAGUGUGAAGCUCACCAAAAACAAUAUCUUCCCAGAAAAAGGGAGUGUUUUUGACUUUUAUUUUCACAAGCAUGGCAGUGGGCACUGGAACAUGUGGACUGAGUAUAUCACCAAAGAAGAGCAAGUUAUCUCUCCCGCGGCUAAGGUGUCUGAUCUCAUCAUUCCAACAAUGGAAACUGCCAGGCAAAUGUUUUUUCUUAAAAUGUAUGUGGAGCAUAAUGUCCCUUUGCUUUUUGUGGGUCCCACUGGCACUGGAAAAUCAGCUAUCACAAACAAUUUUCUGCUACAACUUCCAAAGGAGAAAUACAUCCCAAGCUUCAUCAACUUCUCUGCAAGAACCUCUGCUACCCAAACCCAGGACGUUAUUAUGUCUAAACUGGACAGAAGAAGAAAAGGAUUAUUUGGGCCUCCUGUGGGAAAAAAAGCUAUACUAUUUGUGGAUGACCUAAACAUGCCUGCAAAGGAAGUGUAUGGAGCCCAGCCACCUAUUGAACUUCUCAGACAGUGGAUUGAUCAUGGUCACUGGUAUGACAAGAAAGAUACGUCCAAGAUUAAUAUCAUAGAUGUCCUGCUUGUUUCAGCCAUGGGCCCACCUGGGGGAGGCAGGAAUGAUAUUACAGGACGCUUCACACGACAUUUGAAUAUUGUAUCUAUAUGUUCUUUUGAUGAUGACAUAUUAGCCAAGAUUUUUACUGCAAUUGCUGACUGGCACUUUAGCAAAGGCUUUGAGUCUGUGUUUCUGAGGCUGAGCAAGAUGAUGGUCCAUGCUACAAUGGCAAUUUAUAAAAUGGCAGUUGAGAAUUUUCUCCCAACUCCUUCCAAAUCCCAUUAUGUCUUUAAUCUACGGGAUUUUUCCCGGGUUAUUAAAGGAGUGUUGCUCUGUCCACACACUCACUUGCAAGAUGGAGAUAAGCUGAUCAGACUUUGGAUUCAUGAGGUUUACCGAGUUUUCUAUGAUCGCUUGGUUGAUCAGGAGGACAGAAAGAUGUUCUUUCAGAUGGUAAAAGAGACAACAUCAAAUAGCUUCAAGCAGAGCAUUGAUAAGGUACUGAGUCAUCUCUCACCUACUGGCAAGAUCUCUGAUGAUAAUAUUCGCAGCCUGUUCUUUGGAGACUAUUUAAAGCCGGACAGUAAUGUAAAAGUGUAUGAUGAAAUCACAAACUUAAAGCAACUGACAACCAUGAUGGAAUACUACCUUGAGGAGUACAACAAUGUCAGCAAAGCACCAAUGUCCUUGGUCAUGUUCAAAUUUGCUAUUGAGCAUAUCUCAAGGAUAUGCAGGGUAUUGAAGCAGGACAAUGGGCAUCUCUUGCUGGUGGGAAUUGGUGGGAGUGGCCGACAAAGUGCUACCAAGCUGGCCACCUACAUGAAUACCUUUGACCUCUUUCAAAUUGAAAUUACAAAAUCCUAUGGAAUAAAUGAAUGGAAAGACGAUAUUAAACGAGUCCUUCUGAAAGCUGGCGUUGCUAACAAGAAUGUGUCCUUCUUGUUCUGUGAUAAUCAAAUAAAGGAUGAAGCAUUUGUAGAAGACAUCAACAUGCUUUUAAAUACCGGUGAUGUGCCUAAUAUCUUUGCAGCUGAUGAGAAGGCUGAAAUUGUAGAGAAAAUGCAAGGUGCAGCAAGGACAGAGAACAGGAAAAUUGAAGCCACUCCCCUUGCUAUGUACAAUUUCUUUAUUGAAAGGGUGAAGAAAAAUUUGCAUAUUGUCUUAGCAAUGAGCCCUAUUGGAAAUGCAUUCAGGAAUCGAUUACGCAUGUUCCCUUCGCUGAUAAACUGCUGCACCAUUGAUUGGUUCCAAACCUGGCCGACAGAUGCUUUAGAAAUGGUUGCUAACAAGUUUUUAGAGGAUGUUGAACUCGAAGAUGAAAUUAGAAAAGGGGUUGUGUCAAUGUGCAAGUAUUUCCAAGAAAGUGUGAGAGAGCUUUCCAUCAGCUAUUACAGUACCUUGCGAAGACACAACUACGUAACACCAACUUCUUAUCUAGAAUUGAUUCUUACCUUUAAGGCUCUACUGCAUAGCAAAAGGCAAGAAGUUGACAUGAUGAGAAACCGUUAUCUUAUGGGACUUCAAAAACUUGACUUUGCAUCUUCACAAGUUGUAGAGAUGCAGAAAGAACUGACUGCCCUUCAGCCUGAACUGAUACGAACUUCUGCAGAAACAGAGAAAAUGAUGAUCCAGAUUGAAAAGGAAACAGUUGCAGUAGACGCAAAGAAGGAACUAGUGUCUGCAGAUGAAAAAGAGGCUAAUGAAGCUGCAGCUGUUGCUAAAGCUAUUAAGGAUGAAUGUGAAGGAGAGCUUGCUGAGGCCAUGCCAGCUUUGGAGGCAGCACUUGCAGCUCUUGAUACCCUGAAUCCUUCAGACAUCUCUCUCGUGAAAUCCAUGCAGAAUCCACCGGGUCCUGUUAAGCUUGUCAUGGAGAGUAUCUGUGUCAUGAAGGGAAUGAAACCAGAGAGAAAGCCUGAUCCAAGUGGCAGUGGUAAAAUGUUGGAAGACUACUGGGGACCCUCUAGAAAAAUUCUUGGGGAUCUGAAAUUCCUUGAGAGCUUGAAGACAUAUGACAAGGAUAAUAUUCCUCCUGCCAUAAUGAAGAGAAUUAGAGAGAGGUUUAUUGGUCAUCCAGAUUUUCAGCCAGCUGUCAUAAAAAAUGUAUCAUCUGCCUGUGAAGGACUAUGCAAGUGGGUGCGAGCCAUGGAGGUAUACGAUCGUGUUGCAAAAGUGGUUGCCCCAAAGCGUGAACGUUUGAGAGAGGCAGAAGGAUUACUGAACAUUCAAAUGAGGAAGCUAAAAACAAAACGAGCAGAACUCAAGGAGGUAGUUGAUCACCUCCAGGCUUUGAAUGAUGAGUUGGAAAGCAUGAAUGACCGGAAGAGCGAAUUAGAAAAUAAUAUUGAAAUCUGUUCAGAAAAGCUUGUGAGAGCUGAACAGCUAAUUAGCGGUCUUGGUGGAGAGAAAGAUAGGUGGACAGAAGCUGCACGAUUGUUAGGGAUCAGGUAUAUAGACCUUACAGGAGAUGUAUUGUUAUCUUCAGGAACAGUUGCGUAUUUGGGAGCCUUCAGUGUUGAUUAUCGCCUAGAAUGUCAAAAGCAAUGGCAAGUUCUGUGCAAUGAGAAGAACAUACCAUGCUCCAGUGAUUUUAGCUUAAGUAAUACACUAGGGGACCCAGUCAAAAUUCGUGCAUGGCAAAUUGCUGGAUUGCCAAUUGAUUCUUUUUCCAUUGACAAUGGCUUAAUUGUUUCUAACUCAAGAAGAUGGGCUUUAAUGAUAGAUCCUCAAAGGCAAGCUAACAAGUGGGUAAAAAAUAUGGAGAAGAAUAACAGACUCUCAGUUAUCAAAUUAUCUGACACAAAUUAUGUGAGGACAUUAGAAAAUGCUAUUCAGCUUGGAACACCAGUCUUGCUAGAAAAUAUUGGUGAAGAACUAGAUGCUUUUUUAGAACCCAUUUUAUUAAAGCUAACAUUCAAACAACAAGGAGUAGAAUACAUGAGGUUAGGAGAAAAUACAAUUGAAUAUUCAAGAGAUUUCAGGUUUUACAUAACAACCCGUUUAAGAAAUCCUCAUUAUCUUCCUGAAGUGGCUGUGAAAGUUUGUCUACUCAACUUCAUGAUUACACCUCUGGGUCUUCAGGAUCAACUUCUUGGAAUUAUAGCUGCAAAGGAAAAGCCUGAGCUAGAAGAAAAGAAAAAUAAACUGAUUAUAGAAAGUGCAGCCAACAAGAAACAAUUAAAGGAAAUAGAAGAUAAAAUCCUGGAGGUCCUUUCAAAGUCAGAAGGAAACAUCUUAGAAGAUGAAACAGCAAUUAAUAUUUUGUCUUCAUCCAAAGAGUUAUCUGAAGAAAUCUCUGAAAAGCAAGAAAUUGCUUCUGUAACUGAAAUGCAAAUAGAUUCUACUCGAAUGGGGUAUAAACCAGUUGCUAUUCAUUCAGCUAUUGUCUUCUUCUGCAUCUCUGAUCUGGCAAACAUUGAACCUAUGUAUCAGUAUUCGUUGAUUUGGUUCAUUAACUUAUAUGUUCAAUCUAUUGCUAAUAGCAAGAAGAGUGACGACCUGGAAGAGAGAAUUAAAAAUAUAAUUGAGCAUUUCACAAUAAGCAUUUAUAAUAAUGUCUGUCGUUCACUGUUUGAGAAAGAUAAACUGUUAUUCUCCUUCCUCCUGACAGUAGGGAUUAUGAAGGGAAAAGACCAAAUAGAUGAUGAGGUUUGGCGUUUCCUACUGACAGGAGGUGUUGCUCUUGAUAAUCCUCACCCCAAUCCAGCUCCAGAAUGGCUAUCCGACAAAUCAUGGGCUGAGCUAGUACGUGCAUCUUGUCUGACAAACCUUCAGGGACUAAUGGAACACGUAAGAGAGAAUGUUUCCAAGUGGCAGCUAAUAUAUGACUCUGUAAGACCCCAUGAAGAAGCUUUCCCAGAUGUGUGGAACACAUUAAUGGGGUUAGAUCGCCUGGUUAUUCUCAGAUGUUUGAGACCCGACAAGAUUGUUCCAGCAGUGCGGGUGUUCAUUAUAGAAAAUAUGGGAAGAACAUUUAUCGAACCACCUACUUUUGAUCUGGGAGGAAGUUACAAUGAUUCCAGUUGCUGUGCCCCUUUGAUUUUUGUAUUGUCACCAGGUGCUGAUCCUAUGGCAGGUUUGUUAAAAUUUGCUGAUGAUCUUGGCAUGGGAGGCACAAGCAUUCAAACUAUUUCGCUCGGACAGGGCCAGGGCCCAAUAGCAGCAAAUAUGAUUUAUCAGGCUAUUGCUGAUGGAACCUGGGUAGUGUUACAAAACUGCCAUCUUGCAACCAGCUGGAUGCCUGCUUUGGAAAAAAUCUGUGAGGAGGUUAUAGUGCCCGAGAAUACCAAUGAUAAAUUCAGAUUGUGGUUAACCAGCUAUCCAUCAGAAAAGUUUCCUGUUAGUAUCCUCCAGAAUGGCAUCAAAAUGACAAAUGAACCUCCAAAAGGGGUUAGAGCAAACCUCCUUCGAUCAUAUCUUAAUGACCCCAUCUCUGACCCUGUGUUCUUUAGCAGUUGCCAGAAGCCAGAAAUGUGGCAAAAAAUGCUUUUUGGCCUUUGCUUUUUCCAUGCUCUUGUGCAGGAAAGGAGAAACUUUGGCCCAUUGGGGUGGAAUAUUCCAUAUGAGUUCAAUGAAUCUGACCUCAGAAUCAGUAUGCGACAGAUACAGAUGUUUCUGAAUGAAUAUGAAGAAAUCCCAUUUGAAGCUCUGACAUAUCUAACAGGGGAAUGCAACUAUGGUGGGAGAGUAACAGAUGAUAAAGACAGGCGUCUUCUCCUGUCCCUUCUUUCCAUAGUCUAUAACAAGGAUAUAGAGCAGGACAAGUAUAUGCUUGCACCUGGAGAUUACUACUACAUACCACCACAUGGUCCGUAUGAGUCUUACAUUGAAUUCCUACGAGGCUUGCCAAUUACAACACACCCUGAAGUGUUUGGGCUUCAUGAAAAUGCAGACAUUACCAGGGAUAACCAGGAGACUAACCAGCUUUUCAGUGGCGUGCUCCUGACUUUGCCUAGAGAAGCAGGGGGAGGUGGCAAGUCCCCUCAGGAAACUGUUGAAGAUUUGGCAUGGGACAUCCUAUCCAAAUUACCAAGUGACUUUAACGUUGAAGAGGUAAUGAAGAAAUACCCAGUACUUUAUGAAGAGUCCAUGAAUACAGUGCUUAGGCAAGAAUUGAUCCGAUUCAACAGGCUUACAGAAGUUGUUCGGAGCAGCCUUGUCAAUUUAGGCAGAGCCAUCAAAGGUCAGGUGUUAAUGUCAUCUGAACUUGAAGAUGUUUUCAAUAGCAUGUUAAUGGGAAAAGUACCACCAAUGUGGGCUGCCAAAUCCUAUCCAUCACUGAAGCCACUGGGAAGCUAUGUAUCUGAUCUCCUCUCUCGUUUGGUCUUCUUCCAGGAUUGGGUCAUCCAUGGACCACCCACAGUCUUCUGGAUAUCAGGAUUCUACUUCACUCAGUCUUUUUUGACAGGCAUUUCACAGAACUAUGCUAGAAAAUACACCAUCCCAAUUGAUCAUAUCGGAUUUGAAUUUGAGGUGAUGAAACAGGAGCACACAAUGGAGAAAAUGCCAGAAGAUGGGGCGUAUGUAAAAGGCCUUUUUUUGGAAGGUGCACGAUGGGACAGAGAAUCCUUGGUGAUUGCAGAAUCACUUCCAAAAAUCCUUUAUGAUUCUUUGCCCAUAAUUUGGCUGAAACCUGGAGAAAGUUCCAGAUUUCUACAUGAGAACAUCUAUUCAUGUCCUGUAUACAAGACAAGUGCAAGAAGAGGUGUCUUAUCCACUACUGGCCACUCAACCAACUAUGUUCUCUCUGUUGAACUCCCUUCAGACAAGCCCCAGAAACACUGGAUAAAUCGAGGUGUGGCAGCACUAUGCCAGUUAGAUGACUGAGUGUUUGCAAGUGAAAACACUCACAUUUUGUAAUUAAAAGGUGUACUUUACUCCCCAAGGGCUGCAUUUUUUUUUUAUCAGUACUUCCUGCUGACUUUAAAGCAGCUCCCGAUUUCCUUUGGUUUUUAGCCAUUCUCACCUGCUAGGAAAGAGUGAUUAAAGAAAGAAUACCACAAAAACAGAAACUUAUUUCAAAGGCCUGGGCUUUAUCUUGCAAUAGAUCAGAAUGAACAGAAUUCCCAGCAAACUGUGUGUCACCUACAUCAUUACAAAUCUUGUGAAAUCCUAUUACCACCUUGCUGCCAACAUGGGGCUUUUUUGUUUAUUAGAUUGGGCCCAAAGAGAUUAUUGAUAGAGUUUUGCUGCUGAUUUUAAUGGGAACCUAGUCCACAACUCUUGCAAAUAGGUCCCUCUGGAUCUGCCUACCACUUCUGUAUCCCAGGAGUGUGUAGGUCAAGGAGGGAGGAGAGAGGAAUAGUCUACUGACAUUUAAAACCAAUCCUCAGCUAGAAUAAACUGCCAGAGCUGUAUUAGGAAGCUGUAGCAGCUGAUAGUCCUUGAAUAUCUGCCUCAGAAUUUCUACAGAAAACUUCUAGACAGCACACGUGUUGGGAGCCUGCCAUUUCUCAGAACAGUAUGCUUGUCUCAUGAUGUUUUAAUUUUUCUAUUUCAGUAUUAUUUAAAUACACAUCCAAGGUGCCUGAUAAAUGGAGCUAAGCUUCCUUUCUCUCAUAGUCUGAUUUUAUUUCCUCAUCUUGCCCUCUUGAACGUUGGGCUAAUAACCACCUGAUAUUUUGUACUUGUUUUAAGCCCUUUCAUCAGAGCUCAAAGUAACUUGCAAAUGUUAAUUAAAAAUAAAAUAGCCCUGAACAUCUUCAAAGAGCUGUGCAGUCAUUAACUAAUCCCCACAGCAUGCCAAGGAGGUACUGAUGAUGGAUCAUUAGACUUGUUUUAUACACAGUACAAGGGAAGCACAAAGAUCAAGGCAAACAUAAAAAAAAAAAAAAAAAAGCACAAACAUCCACUAAUUUGGGGUCUCUUCAUUUUUUCAUUGCCCAGAUUGCAGCAUCUUAAUGACUUGCUUGAGGUCUCAAAAAGUCAGAGAUACAGCUAUAAUUCAGCAGUUCCCAGUAUUAUGCUACAAUCAUUAAAUUAUGCUGCUACAACUAAUUAAACCAUGCAGAUCUUAUCGUAGGAACUUAUCUGUUGUGUUGUGCUUAGCAAUUAUAAGAGAAAACAGUGUUCAUUAUUGUUUUAUUAACCACUGGUUUAUGUUUGAAUAUAGAUAUUUAUAAAACAGUAUCUUUUAAGAAUGGUAACAAAUACAGGUAAGCAAGCAGUGUUACAGGUACAUUUUACAGUGCUGCUCUGCAUAAAA